GCUCGGCCUCCGCCGCCCAAACUUUUCUCCGGGCGCGUCUCCAGCGGCGGCCGCCCCCGCGCAUGGGCGCCGCGCUGCAGGGGGCCUGACCCCCGCCGCUGGCACCGCGCGUCCCCAGCCCCGCGCCAUGGCGGCCCGCGCACCCCCCGCCGCACCUGCGGCCGACGAGCCCGGGAGCCCCGGCGGCCCCCCGCGCAGGAAGAAGUCCCGCUCCGGCCUCCGCCGCGCCUUCAGCUGGCUGCGGGGCAAACGGCGCAAGAAGAAGGCUGCCGGGGCCGAGGGCGCCGAGUCCGCCGCCCCGCGGGCUAAGAAAGCGGACGACAAGGCCAAGCGGGCCAAGGGCAAAAGCCGAGGCUCUGCCAAGGCUGAGAGUGACAAUCGUCAGGGCCCAGGGCCCAGCCAGGGGCCAGGAUCUGUAGGAGACGAACACCAGGACAACAUUUUCUUCCCCAGUGGGAGACCACCUCAUCUGGAAGAGCUGCACACACAGGCCCAGGAGGGGCUCCGCUCCCUACAGCACCAAGAAAGACAGAAACUGAGCAAGGGUGGCUGGGACCAUGGAGACACCCAGAGCAUCCAGUCCUCCCGGACGGGCCCGGAUGAAGACACCAUCUCCUUCUGCAGUCAGAAGUCAUACCUGACAGAGAGCUCCACAGCCGAGGACGCCCUCUCCAUCCGCUCGGAGAUGAUCCAGCGCAAAGGCUCCACCUUCAGACCCCAUGACUCAUUUCCCAAAUCUGGGAAGUCGGGCCGGCGGCGGCGGGAGCGGAGGAGCACGGUGCUGGGGCUGCCUCAGCACGUGCAGAAGGAGCUCGGCCUGCGGAACAACCGCGAGGCCCCAGGCACUCCACAGCCUCAUGGUUCACGGGACGCUGUCCGCAUCCCCACAGUGGAUGGUCGCCCAGCUGGCCUGGCCUUAGGGACAGGGGUCCGGGUGUCCCUGCAGGCUCUGGAGGCAGAAACAGAGGCUGGCACUGAUGCAGAGGCUAUCAUACAGCGACACAUCGACCGUGUUUACCGUGAUGACACGCUUGUUGGCCGAUCCACGGGAGCCAGGCCGCCGCCCUUGACGAGGCCCAUGUCCCUCGCAGUGCCUGGACUGACUGGAGGAGCAGGAUCUCCAGAGCCACUGAGCCCAGCCAUGUCCAUCUCACCCCAGGCCACCUACUUGUCGAAGCUGAUCCCGCAUGCUGUGCUGCCACCCACGGUGGAUGUGGUGGCCCUGGGCCGCAGCAGCCUGCGCACCCUGAGCCGGUGCAGCCUGCUGUCCGCUAGCCCGGCUUCGGUUCGCUCACUGGGCCGCUUCUCCUCCGCUUCGAGUCCACGGCCCCGCAGCCGCAACGCUUCCUCGUCCAGUGACAACUGGAGCCACUCCCAGUCCUCCGAGACCAUUGUGUCUGAUGGGUCCACACUCUCCUCCAAGGGGGGCUCCGAGGGCCAGCCAGAGGGCUCCGUAGCUGGCAAUAAUGUGGUGCCCCCUCCUCCAGGGGGUAGCGGGAGGGGCUCCCCCAGCGGGGGGAGCACUGCUGAGGCCUCCGACACGGCCAGCAUCCGAAGCAGUGGGCAGCUGUCCGGCAGGAGUGUGUCCCUGCGGAAGAUGAAACGGCCUCCCCCGCCUCCCCGCCGGACCUACUCCCUCCAUCAGCGAGGCUCCGCAGUGCCUGAUGGGCCUUUAGGGUUACCACCCAAACCUGAGCGAAAGCAGCAGCCACAGCUGCCUCGCCCGCCCACCACGGGUGGGGCUUCAGGGGUGGGGGCGGCAGUAUCUUGUCCACCCAGCACGGCGGGCACCUGGGGCUCUGGCUUGUCCCCAGGUGGCUCCAGGCGUCCCCCGCGGUCCCCAGAACGGACACUUUCACCCUCAAGUGGGUACUCGAGCCAAAGCGGUACCCCAACUCUCCCUCCCAAGGGUCUGGCGGUUGCCCCUCCUUCCCCAGGCAAGGCUCAGCCCCCCAAAUCAGAUCGAGUGGCAUCCCUUCGGUCUCCUGGGGCCUCUGUAUCCUCCUCCCUCACAUCUCUGUGCUCCUCUUCUUCAGACCCUAAUCCUUUAGACCGCUCUGGCCCACAGAUGUCCACCCCCCUGAGUGACAGGUUUGUCAUACCUCCUCAUCCUAAGGUGCCUGCUCCCUUCUCUCCACCACCCUCCAAGUCCAAGAGCCCCAACCACGCUGCUCCUGCUGCUGUGGCUGCCCCUGCUGUGGCUGCUCCUGCUGCUGUGGCUGCCCCUGCUGUGGCUCCUGGGCCAGUGUCCACCAUCGACGCCAGUCCCGCAUCCCCUUCCAUGCCACAGACAACCUCGACUCCAGCCCAGGAGUCUCCCAUGGCCUCCAAAGACCAGUCACCCCCACCAUCCCCACCCCCCUCUUACCAUCCACCCCCACCACCUACUAAGAAGCAGGAGGUGCUUGAGGUCGCACCUCCUCCGGAAACUGCUGAGGAGAUCCUUCCAGAUCCGAGCUGGCCACCACCACCACCACCUGCGCCGGAGGAACAGGACCUGUCGAUGGCUGACUUUCCCCCGCCUGAGGAGGUCUUCUUCUCAGCAGGCCCUGAGCCCGGCCCCCUGGAGCCCUGCAGCUCCGAGGCUGCCAUCCCUCCAGCUGCUAGCUUGUCCCAACCCCCUCCCCCGGCUCCGCCGGCUCCACCUCCAGUUAGCUCUGUGUCAGAACCUCCGGCCAAGCUCGCUCAGAAGGACUCGGUGGGCAAGAACUGCGGCGCUCCCGGGGAGGACGCCAGCUCACCCCUGGUCACACCCUCGCUCCUGCAGAUGGUCCGGCUUCGCUCUGUGGAGGCUAUCACAGGGGUUCCGACUCCUCCUCCGGGCUCAUCAGCCCCUCAGAAGCCUCUGCGAAGAGCCCUGUCUGGGCGGGCCAGCCCGGUGCCUGCUCCCUCCUCUGGGCUCCAUGCUGCUGUCAGGCUCAAGGCCUCCAGUCUGGCUGCCGGUGAGAAUCCUGGAAGUGCUCUGUCCACUGGAGCACCAGAGGCCGAGCCUCGGUCGCCACAGUCUCCUGCCUCCAAGGCCAGCUUUAUUUUCUCCAAGGGCACGAAAAAACUGCAGCUUGAGAGGCCCGUGUCCCCUGAGGCCCAGGCUGACCUCCAGCGGAAUCUGGUGGCUGAACUAAGGAGCAUUUCAGAGCAGCGGCCACCCCAGGCCCAGAAGAAGCCUUCCAAGGCCCCCCCACCCGUGGCCCGCAAACCCUCGGUGGGAGUCCCUCCUGCCUCCCCCAGUUUUCCCAGGGCGGAGUCUCUUACUGCGCCAUCCACCAAUGGGCUCCCUCACGCUGAGGACAGGACUAAGGGAGAGCUGGCAGCUCCAGAGAAGAUGGCGCCCCCUGGUUCAGAUCCGCCGAAGAAACUGGUCUGACCGUCAUCACUCAACUGGCACUGCUGACCCAUCCCAGGGAUACAGUCUCUCAGGGACCCGAGCAGCUCCAAGGAAGAGAGGAUCUGGCAGACACAACCUAAGACAGGAUGCCUGCGGCCUUAAUCUCCACAGCCUUCCAUGUUUAUGCAAGCCUGGUGUUGCCCGCCCUCCCAAGUUACCCCUCCCCCCAUGCCUUUUCCUGAAAGGAUCACUUCCAGAAGCCCUUCAGCCUUGGCCUUAGCCUCCUCUUGAAGGUAGCUGGUGGGAGUGAGUGGCUGUGCCCUGCCCCCACCCCGGGCCCCAAGGCCACUGCGGUGGGAGGAAGCAGAAUAUGUGUUUAUUUUGUUCUGUGUCUGAAAUCAUGUCUGUUGUAGUCCAGAAUCAAAGCACUUUGCAAAGUGGCUGCAUGUCCAUCCUCCAAGGCUCAUGAAGCCGGAUUCCAAGAGCCUGUUUACACGCUGGUAGCCAGCCCCCAGCUGGGACCCGUCUGUCCACUCUGCCAAUCCAGUCCACUCCUUUCCUUAGUUCUUGGAGAUGGGCAAGUCUCUCAUCCCCACAGGCUUCCCGGGCUGCUGGCAGGAGUGGGGCUGUGGAAUUCCAAAGCACAAAAGGUACAGUCGAGGCUAGUCUUCCUGUGCCUUAACUUACCACCAACCACUCUCCUGCCUUCAGUUCUGUCAGGUGCUCCUUCUUGGGGGACUCACGGGUGAGGAGAGAAUCCAGAGGGGGCCGUGGGCACUGCACUAAGAAACCAAAAACCAGACUGGAGUAGGGAGCCAUCUGGGAUCUUGGCAUUCUGAGCGCCUGUCCUGUGACACUUGAUUGUGUUUGGGUGGAUGGGCACAGCCUCAGAGCCACAUCAUGGGAUGUGUCCGUUUCAGCUUGGCAGGAAAUACUGCCAAGGUAUGGGGAGAGUCUGGCAGGGACUUGCUGGGCAGUGGGCCCGGGCCUAUUCCUCAGAUUCUUUCUCUGACCUGUCUCCUCUUUGGUGCAUGUCCUAUCUCCAGCUACCUUUCUGCCAGGUUGGGGGAGCUGAGGCUUUGUGGCCAGGAUGGGAAGCCAAAGGCUUAUGUUACCCCAGGGUCUUCUCUAGAAGAGGGGCUAAGCCGUGAUCUUUUGAGCAGGCAGGUGGCUAUCCCCAGACAGCAGCCUCUGCUAUAUGAAUUUCUCUUCCUGGAAUCUCAUGAGUUGUUUCAGCUUGUACCAGCUUGAGGUAAGCUGGAGAUCCUGUAGGCCCAAUGCCUUUGCCUCCUUCAGGGCCACCCCUUGAGUCUUUGUAACAGGGGCUUGAGCCUGGCAAGAGAUCUUGCCUUUAGCUUCUCCACUACCAAGAAAGGAGCCACACACUACCCAUUCCUGACUGAUGGGGUAGCGCACGGGCUCCCUAAGCCCUUGCUAGGGCUGCUUGUCUGUUGCUCUGUCUUUUCCUUGUCCAGUGUGUGAUGGGGAGCAGCUGCCGGGUGGACAUUACUGGGAGGACAAUUAAAGUGAGCACCGUUCUGCCCCAGGAUCCCGGACUGGUCAGAACCCCAUGGAGCCAGGCCCUGGCAGUGCUCUGGGAGCUGUCGUGGGAAAGUAGGCCCUGCCUUUCGCUCUUGCCCUGGCUUGGGUUGUGUGUUUCCCCACUGGGCGGGCAGAGUACAAAGAAGGAAGGAGAGUCUGAGAGGUAGAAUCUCUGUACUGUGGGGUAAAGGAGCUUGACCUUGUGCAAAUGGAGAGACCAAAAGCCUCUGAUUUUUAAUUUGCAUAAAAAUGUUAGAAGAGAGAAAUAUAUAUAUAUAUAUAUUUCCUUACUUUUGAGUCUUUGAUAUGUCUAUAUAAACAAUCUUUCCCGAUUCCUUCUCCUGAAGCUUGAGUGAGACACAUGACAAAGUUGUGUUUCAUUAAAAGGUAUUAAUUAAAUGAUUGAAACUUG